AGAAGAAGGAUGAGAAGAAGGAGAAGGAGAAGGAGGAGAAGGAGAAGGAUGAGAAGAAGGAUGAGAAGAAGGAGAAGGAUGAGAAGAAGGAUGAGAAGAAGGAGAAGGAUGAGAAGAAGGAGAAGGAUGAGAAGAAGGAGAAGGAUGAGAAGAAGGAUGAGAAGAAGGAUGAGAAGAAGGAGAAGGAUGAGAAGAAGGACAGUUCUGUGACAGUUUCUGUCUAUUUCUGACAGUUCUGUGACAUUCACUCCAUACAGCGGUUUCAACCGCUGUAUGGAGGGAAUGUCCCAGAACUGUCAGAAAUAGUCUAUUUCUGACAGUUCUGGGACAUUCACUCCAUACAGCGGUUGAAACAUUGUAUCUAUUUGUUUCCAUAAAUGACAUUCUGCAGAUACAC